AGUCGCGCCCCGCCCACCGAGCGUCGCCAAACGGAGGAGCAGCGGCAGCGGCUGGUAGCGCAAACCUCCCGUAUUUGGGCUGAAAUGUGAAACAUUCCCGAGGCGAACCGACGCAAACACCGGGAUUAUCGAUGAUCGGCGCUCAUUCGCGCGGAAAAAGCCGCCGAACAGCCGCCAAGCGCGACCCGCGACCCGGUUCGGCCUCCAGUCCGCCCGAGUGUGUGUUACCGAUCCGAACCGAAUUCGUCGAGCCUCCCGAGCGCCGAUAUCGGCCCGGUUAACGGGAGGCGGCUGUCGCGUGUGUGUGAGAGAGAGAGAGAGAGUGUGUGUGUGUGUGCGUUGAUGCACUGACACACACACACACCGCUGGUUGUUGUUGUUGUUGUGUCGGCUCGGUCCAUCCUGCAGUGUUCGGGCCUCUGCAGAAACGGCGGGAGUUCGGAUGGAUAUGUGACGCGGACUCGCUCCGGGAUCAGGAUGGAGAACCCGCAGAAAAACAGCCCUCUGGUCAGAGAGCUGACCCGAGCCUUCAGCCACUACAACAAACACAACGUGUUCCUGAAGAAGAACCUGAAGGAGACCGUCACCUUCUUCCGAGAGAUCCGACAGAACCACAGCAACGCCUGCAGCAGCACACCUGGAGCCGCCGGAGCUCUGGACACCGGUCAGCUCAGCUGCAUCUCGCUCCUGUGUCACGAGGAGGACUAUCUGCAGAAUGUGGUUGGUAGCGCCCCCUACAUCCUCAUCCUGGGCCAGCACUGUUCGGCCCGAUACCAGCUGCUCAACUGCCUGCUGGGAGAGAGGCUCCUCCCCCUAGGCUCGGAGGUGGGCGGGGCCUGUGGGCCGGAGGGCGGGGCCUGCAGGAGGAGGAAGCUGUGCUUCACGCACGGCCGUCAGACGCGCUUGAGCCUGGCGCUGCCGGGGCAGUAUGAGCUGGUGCAUCAGCUGGCGGCUCACUGCGGACGCUGGGACACGGUGCCAUGUGAGGAUCUGGAGAUCCAGGAGUGCGAGGAUCCCGCGCAGCGAUUGGCCGAGCUGGAGAUCACGCUCCAUCACGCCCUGCUGCAGGAGGUGAAGAUCAUGGUGCUCCCGUGCCGCGGCGUGCAGCCGGUGGAGGAGGCUCUGGAGGACUGCAGGCGCGGCAUCCUUCCCAUCAUCCUCUACGCCGUCAGUAAGGACUCGCUGAGCGCCGAGCAGGUGAGCGACCUGCAGAAGGUGCGCGAGACGCUGCCGUUCCCCGUCUGCUUCGUCCGGGCCCCCAGCGGCCCCUCGGACCCCGAGCCGUCCCCCGGCACCCUCUACAGGCAGCUGCUGUCUCUGGAGCUCGUGGGCGGAGCGGCGGGAAACUGCGCCUGCGGGGCUCCGGCACAGACGCAGAGCAUUGUGGGAGAGAGUCUGGAGCGUCUGCAGCGUGUGCUGGGGCCCUUCACUCGACAGCUGCUGCAGAGCCAACAGGUGGAGGCCGCCUCGCUGCUGAACGCCGUCCACUGCCGCUGCCUCGACCUCUUCAUCAACCAGUAUAUUAGAAUGAUUUCUGAAGAUGAUCACGCCCCUCGACUCGCCCGCCUGUCACUGGAGAGCCGAUCGCUGCGAGACAUUCUGCUGCACGGAAAGCCGAAGAUGGGCCGUGAGCUGGGCCGUGGUCAGUACGGUGUGGUGUAUCUGUGUGAUAGCUGGGGUGGACGUCACCCGUGUGCCCUAAAGUCAGUCGUUCCUCCUGACGACAAGCACUGGAACGACCUCGCGCUGGAGUUCCACUACACACGGUCUCUGCCUAAACACGAACGUUUAGUGAAUCUCCACGGGUCGGUUAUCGACCACUCGUACAGUGGCGGCUCCAGUAUUGCGGUUUUGCUGAUUAUGGAGCGAUUACACAGAGAUCUCUACGCGGGACUGAAGGCCAGUCUGUCUCUGAAGGAGCGUCUUCAGAUCGCUCUGGACGUGGUGGAGGGGAUUCGGUUCCUGCACAGUCAGGGUCUGCUGCAUCGUGACAUCAAGCUGAAGAACGUUCUGCUGGACAAACAGAACCGUGCGAAGAUCACUGACCUGGGCUUCUGUAAACCCGAGGCCAUGAUGUCCGGCAGUAUCGUGGGGACGCCCAUCCACAUGGCACCAGAACUCUUCACAGGAAAGUACGAUAACUCCGUCGACGUGUACGCGUUUGGGAUCCUCUUCUGGUAUCUCUGCUCCGGCUCCGUCAAACUCCCAGAAGCCUUUGAGAAAUGCUCCAGUAAAGACCAGCUGUGGACCAACGUCAAGAAAGGCUCGCGGCCGGAGCGUUUGCCCACGUUUGACGAGGAGUGCUGGCAGCUGAUGGAGGCCUGCUGGAACGGAGACCCUUCCCAGAGACCCCUGAUGGGCAUCGUCCAGCCCAGCCUGCAAAGCAUCAUGGACCGCCUGUGCGACAAUUCUGACCAAAAGAGCGGCAACCUGGAGGACUCGAACUGACAUCAUUUCCCUGCAUGCUCCUCUUGAGACGCUAAAGGAAAGCAGUUCUCGUUUUGUGUGUAUAAAAUGGACAAAUGUUGCUUGUCUGCCUCUGAACAAACCUGAUCACGCGUGUCAUAUUCAGCGCUGCUCGUCACGGAUCCUCUAGAACAGAGUUUUACAUGUAGUCGAGUUUGUGUUACAGAUGAACCGCUGAUUUUUAGAUGGUGUUUAAACUGUUUACAUUAUCCUGAGAUGACAUUUUUUAAUAAAAUCAUUUGGACCAAUUCA